GCCGGCGCUCGGACGCCUGUGUGGGGAGCCGCUGCCGCCAGGCCCAGCGCGGAGCCCCCGAGCCCGGGCCCGGGGUCCGGGGGGCGGAGAAGGAGCCUGAGCCCGGCCGGGAUGACGAGGUGACGCCGCCGGGGGCGCCGCUUGAGACGCGCGAAGAUGCUCGCCUGCUGCGUGCGGGAGGCCGCCGUGGUGGACGUGGAGAAGCGGAGGAGCCCGUCCAAGCACUACGUCUACAUUAUCAACGUGACCUGGUCCGACUCUACCUCCCAGACCAUCUACCGGAGGUACAGCAAGUUCUUUGAUCUGCAGAUGCAGCUUCUGGAUAAGUUCCCCAUUGAAGGAGGCCAGAAGGACCCCAAGCAAAGGAUCAUCCCCUUCCUCCCAGGCAAGAUCCUCUUCCGGAGAAGCCACAUCCGGGACGUAGCUGUGAAGCGGCUGAAGCCCAUUGACGAGUACUGCCGGGCACUCAUCCGACUACCCCCUCACAUCUCGCAGUGCGAUGAAGUCUUUCGAUUCUUCGAGGCCCGACCUGAGGAUGUCAACCCCCCAAAGGAGGACUACGGCAGCUCCCGAAGGAAAUCAGUGUGGCUCUCCAGCUGGGCUGAGUCUCCCAGGAAGGACGCGACAGGUGCCGACACCAGCGCCGAGCCCAUGAUCCUGGAACAGUACGUGGUGGUGUCCAACUAUAAGAAGCAGGAGAACUCGGAGCUGAGCCUCCAGGCCGGGGAGGUGGUGGAUGUCAUCGAGAAGAACGAGAGCGGCUGGUGGUUCGUGAGCACCUCUGAGGAGCAAGGCUGGGUUCCUGCCACCUACCUGGAGGCCCAGAAUGGCACUCGGGAUGACUCAGACAUCCACACCUCCAGGACUGGGGAAGUGUCCAAGAGACGCAAGGCCUAUCAGCGGCGCCUGGAUCGCCGGUGGACCCUGGGCGGAAUGGUCAACAGGCAGCACAGCCGAGAGGAGAAGUACGUCACCGUGCAGCCCUACACCAGCCAAAGCAAGGACGAGGUCGGCUUUGAGAAGGGCGUCACCGUGGAGGUGGUCCGGAAGAACCUGGAGGGCUGGUGGUACAUCAGGUACCUGGGCAAAGAGGGCUGGGCGCCCGCAUCCUACCUGAAGAAGGCCAAGGACGACCUGCCAACCCGGAAGAAGAACCUCGCGGGCCCCGUGGAGAUCAUCGGGAACAUCAUGGAGAUAAGCAACCUGUUGAACAAGAAGGACAAGGAGACUCUGCCCACUGAAGGCGAGGGCUCCGAGGCGCCCGCAAAGAAGGAGAUCAGCCUGCCCAUCCUCUGCAACGCCUCCAACGGCAGCGCCUCAGGUGUCCCAGAGAGGAGCAUCUCCAGACUGGCCCAGGGCUCCCCGGCUGUGGCCAGGAUUGCCCCACAGAGGGCCCAGAUCAGCUCCCCGAACCUAAGGACAAGACCUCCACCUCGAAGAGAGUCGAGCCUGGGCUUCCAGCUGCCCAAGCCGCCAGAGCCCCCUUCUGUUGAGGUGGAGUACUACACCAUCGCCGAGUUCCAGUCCUGUAUCUCUGAUGGGAUCAGCUUCCGGGGUGGACAGAAGGCAGAGGUCAUCGACAAGAACUCAGGAGGCUGGUGGUACGUGCAGAUCGGAGAGAAGGAGGGCUGGGCCCCCGCCUCAUACAUCGACAAGCGCAAGAAGCCCAACCUGAGCCGCCGCACAAGCACGCUGACCCGGCCCAAGGUCCCCCCGCCGGCGCCCCCCAGCAAGCCCAAGGAGGCCGAGGAGGCCCCUGCAGAUGCCAGCGAGAGCCAGGAGUCCCCGCUGAAGCUCAAGUACGAGGAGCCUGAGUAUGACAUCCCUGCCUUUGGCUUCGACUCGGAGCCAGAGCUGAGCGAGGAGCCCACGGAGGACAGGGCCCCGGGGGACAGGCGGCCUGCCCAGCCCCGCAGGCCCUCGCCUGCCGCGUCCCUGCAGCGAGCCCACUUCAAGGUGGGCGCAUCCUCCGAGGACGUGGCACUGGAAGAGGAGACCAUCUAUGAAAACGAGGGCUUCCGGCCGUACGCCGAGGACACCCUGUCGGCCAGAGGCUCCUCCGGGGACAGUGACUCCCCAGGGGGCUCCUCGCUGUCCCUUGGCAGGAAGAACUCCCCCAAGUCCGCUUCACUCCUGAAGCUCAAGGCAGAGAACGCCCAGGCGGGACUGGGGAAGAACCACUCCUCGGCCUCCUUUUCCUCGUCUGUCACCAUCAACACCACCUGCUCCUCCUCCUCCUCCUCCUCCUCCUCCUCCUCCCCGUCCUCCUCCCUGUGCAAGAACAGCGGUGACCUGAAGCCCCGCUCUGCCUCGGAUGCGGGCGUCCGCGGCACUCCCGAGGCUGGCGCCAAGACAGACGCCGACCCAAAGGCCGGGCUCGCCUCCUGCACGCGGGCCAAACCGUCUCUGCGGCCCAAGCCGAUACUGAGCCGCGCGGAGUCGCAGAGCCGAGAGAAGAUGGACAUCAGCACUUUACGGCGCCAGCUGAGGCCCACUGGCCAGGUCCGGGGCGGCUUGAAGGGCUCCCGGAGCGAGGACUCGGAGCUGCCCCCCCAGGCAGCCUCGGAGGGGCCGGGCCAGGGGCCCAGGAGGGGCUCGGCUGACGUCAUCAGCGUCUCCUUGGCCUCCGCGUGUGCCCCGCGCAAGGAGCCAGCCGCGGCCGCCUCCUACGUGGCCUGCAGCGCCUACCAGAAGGUGCAGGAGUCAGAGCUCAGCUUCCCCGCGGGCGCCGCAGUGCAGGUGCUGGAGAAGCUGGACAGCGGGUGGUGGUACGUGCGCUUCGGGGGGCUGGAGGGCUGGGCCCCCUCCCACUACCUGGUGCCAGAGCAGCCGGAGGCGGCGGGCAGCGGGCCGAGCGAGGGCAGGUCGGACAGCCUGGAGCAGCUGGAGAGGCGCGUGCAGGCGCUCAACACCGUCAACCAGAGCAAGCGGGCCACGCCGCCUGUGCCCUCCAAGCCCCCCGCGGGCGCGGCGGCCGUGCAGAUGAGGAAUGGCGUGCGGCAGGCGGCCGUCAGGCCCCAGUCGGUGUUCGUGUCCCCGCCAGCCAAAGACAACAACCUGUCCUGCGCCCUGCGGAGAAACGAGUCCCUCACGGCCAGCGACGGCCUUCGCGUCCGCCGGAACUCCUCCUUCAGCAGUGCGCGCUCGGCAGCCGCUGAGGCCAAGGGCCGCCUCGGGGAGCGUGCCGCCCGUCAGGGCUCGGACUGCCCCCUGCCGCCCAGCCAGCGCAGCUGCGUCGCCGUGUCCCCGGUGCGCCCCAAGCCCAUCGAGAAGUCCCAGUUCAUCCACAACAACCUCAGAGACGUGUACGUGUCCAUCGCGGACUACGAGGGGGACGAGGAGACAGCCGGCUUCCAGGAGGGGGUGUCCAUGGAGGUGCUGGAGAGGAACCCCAAUGGCUGGUGGUACUGCCAGAUCCUGGAUGAGGUGAAGCCCUUCAGAGGCUGGGUGCCCUCCAACUACCUUGAAAAGAAGAACUAGCGGAGGGCGGAGGGUCACUCCGGCUGCAGUGCCCGCUGCGCUGCCGCUGGGUGACCAGCGACGUGUACACGAGAGCGGCAGGACAGCCUGGGAGGGGGGAGGACAGCACGAAAGCCUGCGGGAAGUGUGACCUGCCCGCCACUGUCCAGCUGAAAGGCGGAGUGUGGCAGGAGGGGAAGGCGGGGAGAUCUGCGCCUGGGAGCCGUGUCGCCCUGUGGUGGCCGCCGAUGGACUGCACCCUUUGCCGGGCCACGAGGACGCCCCGUCGUGCCUUUGCCGCAAACCUGGAGAGGAUGCGGUUGCAGCCGCCCCGCUUGGCUCCUCUUACCCUGAGGUAGCCCUGGUAUUGUCCUAUCUGACCUAUUUAGGAAUUGUUCAAGUUUCCCAGGGAUGGCACUUCCCUCAGUGGUGGGCACAUAGGAAGAGGCCGCUGGCCCUGGGGCGUGGAGCUGUCUCCUCUGAGCUCCUGUCCCCCGGGCCAGGCCACUGUCAGUGUCUUGUAGUUGAGGAAACGGGAGGUCCAAAGUGCCAGUGAGGGCUGGCCUUAGAUGUCCCUGGCCUGGCCUUGGGAAGCGGGCCUGCCCCCCCCUCGGGCACCCCAAGGGGGCGUUCUCCUUGGGCUCUUUCUAAUCCGCACAGACUGCCGGGUAUUUCGCAGCAGGUGGCUCCUCCGCACGUUCCCAGAGAGGAUUGUUCAUUUGGGGUGAUGUAUCAGGCCUCUGGUUUCGCUUGCUCUUUCGAGUUGCUUGGGGUCCAAGGGCACCAGCCUCUCGUGGGACGGGUGGGUAGUGGGUGGGCUUGGUGUUGUACUCUGUGGGAGAGGUCUGUUUCGGUUCUGGUUUCUUGUGUUGCCCUGCCGGACGCCGGGCCGUUUCAUUUGGUUUCCACUGUGUGGACAGUGCCGGGUGUGACACUCGCCAGGGCACUGGGGGCUGGGUAAGCCCAGGUCCCAGACUUAGCCACGAAAAACUUCCUGCCCAGCCUGCUGGGGAGGAGGGGUGAGCACUCCCAGAGGGAGGACUGUCACUGAGAGCCAGACACCGGAGAGAGGCAGCUGCCAGGCUGCAGGCGCCCCGGUUCUGUGUACGUUCUCCCUCUCGGAGGGCUCAGAGCCUCACACAGGAACUGUGGAGAGGCAGCCACGGCCCGGCCUGGGCAGAGGGACCAGAAGGAACACCACCAGCCAACCCUUCGUCCUGCUGCCAGUGCCAGAAGAUGGGGCCCUGUGCCAGGCGACGGCGUGGUCGUCCACAGAAGCAGAGGAUGGAGUCCCCUGUAGGGUCUGUCAACUGCGAGUUGUUCUUCUGUUGCUGACAUUCCAGAGGGGACCCUCCAGGAAGAAGCUGGGCCUCCCCAGGACUCCCAUCAUGGGACUAGAUUUCCGCACGUGCCUUUGUUUGGAGCAGAGCAGGCCUCAGAGCAAUGGACGAGGGCCGCUUGCUCCUGCAGGGCAGGUCAGCCAGGACCCAGUGUCUGGUGGCCCCAGAUCCCAGAGGCCUUGCCUGGGACCCCCGGCCCAGCAAACCACUCACGCCCUUUGUCCCAGGGCCAGGGUGAGGUUGUCUUGUUUCCUUUUGUUUUGCUCAUGAGUUUAAAAUUGAAAUUAGUUAUUCUUUUUUGUCUGCUGGACAGUAUUAAAUAGAGCAGGAUGGUGAGUUAAUCUGCUAGAUUGCAGUACUAAUGGUAGUGGUUUAGUGUCUUCAUCUUAAUAUUAUUUGUACUUAUUUGAACAAUAAUGAUAAAGAAGUGGUUCAUUAUUUUUUAAUUAAUGCACUUUAAGAGGGAAUGAAAAGAAGCCCAGAGAGCAAAGUGCAUUACUUAAAGAUGCAGUAUAUACUUUUCUCAUUUUUAAACAGCACAUAUUUAUUAAAAGAAAAAAAGUAAUUUAUGAUUAUUUAAAAUAAAAGUUAAAAGUAGAGUGACUGUUGGUGAAGGACCUUCCACAUGGCUGUCUUCCAGGGGAGGGCCCACGGUCUCACUCCGCAGAUGCCUGCACUGAGCCAUCCAGUCACUGGUGCCAGCCGGGCCGGGACCAGGCAGGGGCUGCAGCCACAGAGCAUCUCUAGGGCCAGCCCUUCCCGCCCCACCAUCUGCACUGCCUCGGGCUCUCUGCCCCUGGGAUGCCCUCUCCCAGGUUCCCAGUGCUCUGAAGCCGUGGAGUAGUCACUGAGCAGCAGGACUGGCAGGGACCGGGGGGGGGGGGGUCACUCCGUGCUGUCCCUUUCUGUUCCUGCAGCCCACGGCCAGGAAAUGACCUUCCCCAGAUCGCGCAGCCAGUUCACGGCAGACUGCCCACUGCAUUAGUCCCUUGGUCCUCCCCCGCCCCGUACAGCGAUCAUGUGGUCAUCGUGUUUACAUUGUGAUGUCCAGCCCAGGUGGCUGGGAGCUGCUCAGGCAUCAGGGAAAGUAGAGACGCCACCGGGUGACAUCGUGUCAGCCCUGCAGUGGCCGGGGAUCACCCUGCCUCAGCCUCCGCCCCGCAGCCUCCCCUCCAGCCCCAGCCAGCCCACCACACCACACCUGCAAACCCAAAGAAUAUUCAUACUUGAAGCAAGAAGGUGCAUGCCCGUCAGCCCGGGGCGAGAGGGCCUUUCCCUAGAGCCACUGAGCUGCUUUGUGACUUCAGAGAGGGCUGCUGGCAGCAGUGGAGCAGAGAGAGGCCUGGGCUCCGACCCAUCUGGAGGAAAACCAGACCAGACUCAAAGGAAAAAAGAACGAAAUCUCAGCAGUGUCCAAACCUAGUUUUCCAUUAGUUGCAAUUGAAAAUGUGAAAUGACAUUGUAUUGCUGUAUACUGCAACUUUAAUCAUAAUGAGCCCUUCUGAGGUCAUUAUUGAGGUUUAUAUAAUGCCCGAAGAUGCAUCAUUUGGUGCUUUGUUCUUCCUUCAGUUUAAAGACAUUUUUCUUUCAUGACAAGGGAAAAAUGAUGUGCAUCUCUCUCCCACUGUGCCCUCUGUCACAGCAGGCCUGGCUGCAUUGCCUGGCUCUUCUUUCCACUAGGCCACAGGGCCUCGGAGGAGCCAGAAGGGGACCUGGGCAGCAGUGCUGCCUCCGCCGGGUCUCUGCACCCAUUGGCUGUGGCCGGGCUCUCAGCCUGUCCACCCCAGCCUGGCCCCAGAAGUUCCUCUUCCUCAAUUCUCCACCCUGACGAAGGCAUUAUAUAGAAUCAUUGUAAUCACUUUCAGAUGUUAGAGCAGCGUAUUUUACUGGCAUUUAUAUCCAUCGCUUUCCUCAGAAAGGCAUGUUACCACUUUCAUCCUCUAAGGAAAAAGGACAAGGGAAUUCUGGCCAAGCAUUAUUUUCAUAUUACUAGUACCUGCAGAGUAGAUGUAGAGCUAUUUAAGUUUAGACCUUGGUUUAGUAGUUUGUUUUGUUUUCAAGGGGCAAAAAAAGAUGAAAUGGCCCUACUUUUCCUGUUUUUGUAUUUAACUAAUAUAUUAUUUCUUUAAGGUUACUCACUUCCCCAACCCUCUCCAAAUACUUUGCAUUCUCAAUCAAAAACGAAAACAAUCUGAGAGCCAGGAAAAGUGCAAUAUUACAAGAGGGAUGCCAGGGUCAAUUGGGCAGAGGAGGGAGAGCCCACAGUGCCGACUGCAGGGCGGAGGGGUGGCUGGGGAUCAGAACUGGAACGGAUGGAGGGGUCUGUGGGCUUCGAUGCUUCAGCCUCUUCUUGGCCCUCCUCCUCCCCUGGCAAGAUGGUGGGGUCCCCAGAGGACAGCCCUUUUCACUGUAGAGUGUCGUCCACCCAGAAGAAAGGGAUUCAGGGAAGAGGCAUGGGCUGUGGUCCCGAGUGGAGGGCAGUCCUCCAGGAUCAGUCCUUGCUUUGGUUUCCGUUGUUUGGUAGCCAGCUGCUCUGAGAGACCUGUCCUAAAAGCUCCCAGCAGCCCCCUCACCCCAGUCUCCUGAUGUUCGGGCUACAACCCUUUUGAUGGACGUUUGAAUCUUUCUAAAACUGUGGAACCUCGGUUCAAUUUACGGGCAGGAUCCCUGGUCAUAACCAAACCCGUUUGGACAGUGUGGGUACCCUAAGCCCUGCACCCCUGGAGAGAGCCACCUCCCACAGACCUGCAGCAGCCCUGGGGCUGAGCCUGGGUGACCUGCUUCACCCCCAAACCCUGCCCCACCCCAGCAGCCUCCACUGGGUCUGCCCAGGCUCUGCAGGCAGGAGUCCCCAGCCGGUACCACCCUGGCUCCCUCUUCGUCUGCUGGUGGAGGAAGCCACGGGAUGGGAAGUCUGUGAGGGCGGGCGGCAGGCAUGUCCUUGCCAGCUCGUCCCCUCCAUCUCCGGGACCGUGCUUGUGGCACCAACCGUCUCUGCACAGAUGGGGGUCUUUGUGCCCAGGGUAGGACUGGGCCGUGGAGGUGUCUCACUCUCCCUGGAGGAGGUGAUCCACACAGCCAGUGUCUGAAACUCUCCAUGCAAAGCUCUCUGGAAAGAGAAAUGUCCACAUCACUAACGAAUUACGAUUCCCUCACUUUUUUGAGGGCUGUGUGUUGUGUCUGUGUGUGCAUUCGUGUGUGUGUGUGCACGCGUGUGUAUGAGAGUGCAGGUAAUUUCCCACUUGAACUAAAUAACAUGGGGUUGGAGAAAAAUAUCGGGCAGGCUGUCUCCACUGAACAAGUCCUUGGCAUUGGGCAGGUCCCAAGGGACUCGCAGCUUCUGGGAACAAGUGUGUGUGUGUCAUCCAUGCACACAAUUCUGGCUGGAGAGUGCAAUGUGUCUUUUUAUUAUUAUUAUUAUUAUUAUUAUUAUUAUUAUUUUAUUAUUCAGUUGGAAACUUCACACUGGCAUUAACAUCUAGCAGAAGCAGCCUAAGCCAUCGUCCUGGGCUCCGGAUAAAGAUGUGGCAGAGAGACUGCUGCUGGACCUGGGAGUGCCCAGGUGGUUACAUUAGCUCACCACCCGCAGGCGUCACCCCACAGGCCGACUCCCACCCUGGCCUCCGGGUCACCUGUGUGAGAAGCCCCGUAAGAUACAAGAGCACCCGGCCCCUGGGUUCCAGUUUCUGAGAAGGGUCAGGCUGGCCAGGUGAGAACCGGCCCAUAGGGCGCUCAGCAGGGCCCGCAUGUGCCCAGAGCAGUGCCUCCGGUCUCAGCCAGGCCCUGCCCGUCCGCGCCAUGACGCAGGGGGAGGGUUCUGGGUCUUACAGCGCUGGGCUGUCUCGUGCCUGGUGGAGGCAGGCCCGUGUGUGGUGCCCAAGCUCCCAAGCUCUGAUCAGAGGCCAGGUCAGUGGCCCAACAGCGCUGGAGCCGAAUGGCCCCACUGAUUUGUUGUGUUCCCGCUCUGUUCAGCACACUUGAGUGCCCAGGCUGGAAGGCAGGCACGUUGGUGCUCACAGACUGCGUGGAGGGCUCUUCCUUCCCAGGCCUUGACCCCAGCCUGCCUGUGAGGCCGGGAUCUGCAUGUGACCGCCCUUCCCCUGUGCUGUCUUUCUCAACCCCGUUUGCACCCGACCUUGACAAUCAGCAUCCUCUCCCAUCCUAGCCCUAGAACUUAGUGUCCUUACAGAGUGGGGUCCCAAUGCUGAAGGGUCCCACCUUGCUCCCAGUCCCAUCCUGGCCAGUGGCCUGGACCUCGGGAGGUGUGUGUGAGAGAGAAUCGUCAAGAGCAAAAGGGUGGGCUGAGCACGUCGGAGCCAAGUGAGAGGUAUGUUGGCAGAAGGGAGUGUGUGCACGUCCGGUAUGGCUGGGGCUUCCCUCCCUUCGCUGGGGAGGCGGCCUCCGGAAGAGGUGUGUUCUCGGCAGACGGCAGGAAAGGUGUGGGGAGGUAGAAAGAGUUGAAGGUUUGUUUUGUCUUUAUUGAUCAGAAAGAGGGAAGAAGGUGAUGCUGAGUGUUUCAGAAAGAAGACAGCAGGCAGGCAGAGAAUUUCAUGGUUUGACACCCAAGGGUCCAGCCAGAGCUGAAGUUUGGAAAAUCCUCUGAAUCUGGCCAGAAGCAGCUGGCCAGGGGAGUCUGGUCCUCACUGGCCACAGCUGAUUCUCGCGAAUGGUUAUUGAUUUGCUCAGUGCAGCGGGCAAGGGGAGUGCUGUAAGCAAGGCGAGUCUGAGUCAGAGGCCCGUUUCUGCAGGCUCACUUCCAUCUUCCAGGCUCCCAGCUCACUGCCUGAGGCCUUCGUGCAGUGCAGAGCUGGGCUCACUUAGCAAUGCGUGAGUAUGAUGGCCACCCCGCGAGGACGCACCGUCCCCAGACUGAUGCCUGGGGUCUGUCAGGUCCACCUGGGAGGACAGCCUCACUCGCCGCCUCUCCCUCCACACGAGGCUCCUUUAUACCUGCAGUGGUUCCGGCUGCCGGUCUGCCUGCCGUGGGAGGAGCUGGACAGGUGAAGAAUGCCCAUCGAUAUCCCCUUCCAUUUUGUUAGUGGCUUCUGACCAGAGCACACUACUCUUAAAGAAGGGUAAAUGGCUGCCACUCUCGAAUUUUCAACUUGUUCUCUGCAACAGGCUUUAAGUCCAGGCUACGGGGUGGGGAAUGGGCAUCCCUGCUGGUUAGGGAGCGGUCUGCAGCGAGGGCACGGUGGGCAGGACGAUGUGAGUGCCCAUCACAGGAGCCGCUGUGUGGGCUGCGUGGCUGACUGCACUGGCAGGUGGCGCCGAGGCUCCAGAACUGCUGGAGAUCCCUCAUGGCACCCCCACGGCCCGGCCAGCCCCUAGUGGGCUCCACGGUGCCCAGGUCUUUUCCUCUUCCCCCUAGCAGAGAAACUGGAGAAAUGGACAUUACAUGCGGUGCAGUCUAUGUGAGUGCUAAAUAUUCCCAGGGUCAAUGGUGGUGCUAAACUUUCUCCAUGUUUCUGAUAGUUCCAAUGGUGGGCUUUUCAAAUCUCAUCACAAACAUGCAGUGUCCUGGGAAGGGGACCCAGCCCCUUGGCCUGCCACUUUCCAGGUGUCCUUUAUCAGUCUGACGGGACUCUGCAGAAAUGCUCUGUCUUGGCAUGCUUCUAGACUGUAAGAUUUGGGUUGUUUUGUUUUGUAUUUGGUUUAUGUUUACAUGCAUCUUGUAUUUCCCUGAAAACUAAAUAAAGUUUUUGGCCUUUUUUUUUUUUUUUGGUACCGGG